GCUGUUGAUUCAACCAGUGGGUGUGUCGUUUAUACUACACUAUGUAGCGUCUGACUGCUUCAGCGCAUAAUGGACUCCGGGCAAGAACAGCAGCGCUGGGCUGAUCAGAGAGAGGAGCUGUGUCUGCGUCAAGCCAAGGCGCAGCUCCUGUCUGUUCAUCCCAGCGCGGCUCUACUUGCCCGGAGCCCAUCCCUGUAGUUCAGUGGGCGUGGUGUGAAUUGGAAAACAAAGUGCAGAGACACCCUUCACUACUUCCUACAUCACCGGGAUCCGUUGAGUUCACCCGCCGCUCGCCGGGAUCGAUGCUAGUUAACCGCCCAGCACAGCCGCAUAAUAACUCCCGAUAAGAGAGGGACGAAAGAUCGGUGGAUGCGCUCCGGGUUCCGUGAACCGGCUAGAGGUGGGAUUCAGUUAUGUGCGUUAUGGUGACAGAGCGUGACACCAAGGACGAAUAGCAGUCAGGCAGCAUCUCGUCCUCUCUCUGUCUCUCUCUCUCUCUCUCUCUCUCCCAGCCAGGCUUGCGCUAUAGACCAACGAGAUAAAUGGGCAGCAGACUGCACCAAACAGUGUCCGGCACCGAUAGCACCAUUCCACAUUGACUCAAAUAACUGGACGGGACCCGUUAUGCACUAAAGAAAGUAUAUUACACCAGUAGCGGUUUAGAGACCGGAACAGGAUUUUUGAAGAAGCGGUUGUUUGUUCAGCAUGAGCGGUGGAGGAGAAAUCAUCUUCCAAGGCUGGCUGAGAAAGUCCCCACCAGAGAAGAAACUGAGGCGAUAUGCGUGGAAAAAGCGUUGGUUCAUCCUGCGUAGUGGUCGUAUGUCUGGCGACCCUGACGUCCUGGAGUACUAUAAGAACGACCGCUCUAAGAAGCCCAUCCGGAUCAUCGACCUGCAUUGCUGUGAGCAGGUGGACGCUGGGCUGACCUUCAAGAGGAAGGAGUUUCAGGAUAGCUUCGUGUUCGACAUCAAGACGUCAGAGCGUACCUUUUACCUGGUGGCAGAGACCGAGGAGGAGAUGAACAAGUGGGUUCGCUCCAUCUGUCAGCUGUGUGGCUUCAACCAGUCAGAGCAGAACAACCACGACGGCCGGUCCUCUACAGCUCAUAUGGGCCGUUCCCUGGCAGCAGACCUGUCCAGUUCCAGUUCCCUGACCCCACUGACCAGAGAGCGUAAGUCGUCCGCUCCCGUCCACUCUUCCCAGCCCGUCCUGUUCACCUUCGACGUCCCGGUCCGUCACGGUGGGUCGCACAGUCACCACGGGGGCUCCCUGUCCAACAGCGCACCGCAGGACUAUCUUCUACUGCAUCAGUGCAUGAGCAGGAAGACUGAGAGCGCACGGAGUGCCAGUUUCUCCCAGGUACAGCACAGUAGCAAUCUGUUUGUGGGCAGUGACUCGGCGGUGCAGAAGUUCUCCCAUGGUUUCUCUCACUGUCUGAACGGGAUGGGCGCCCAGCUGCAUGGCUUCUACAGCCUGCCCAAACCUGGCAAGCACCAACUGGCCUCUGCGGUCGGGCCCAGGUCCUCCACACGGCCAGACUCCCCCCAGGAGGGCUACGUGCUACCCAGGGGGUACAGCUCUGAGGGGCCCUCAGAUCAUAGUCGCCUGGGAGACAUGGAUCAACAGGAGAAUGAGGAGCUGUACACCUUCAAGACGCCUUGCAACACCCUGGCCACCGGCAACGACCGUAACCACAGUAACGACCGACACAGCAAUGACCAUAACCACAGCAACGAGCGUAGCAAUGACCGGCAGACUGACAACUACGACCUCCCGACCCCGCCCGGAUCGUUCUACCAGAUCCCCCGGACGUUCGAUAAGAACCACAACGUGACGCCGUCUGGCUCCGAGUCAUCUAGUGGACCCCCUCCACGGCCCCCUAAGCCCAGCCAGGGGUCAGAGAGCGGGGGCUGCCUGGGGUCACUGCAGAAUGGAGAGGUGACCACGACUGUGUCGGUUAUACCCAGGAGGAACACUCUGCCUGCCGUGGAGAACAGCAGGUUACAUCGAGGGUGUUCAUUUGAGACCAGCAGCCAUCACCGUCCGAUCUAUUUCAACAACCAAGGCCAGUCUGUGGAGUGUGUCAACGAUGGCUUCAGUUCUUACCUGAGAACAAAGGCCCCUCUGACACGUUCGGACAGCGGCGACUCGGAGGACAACUAUGUGCCUAUGAACCCAGGCUCAUCUCCCCUCAACGCCGCCCAGGCGGACAGCCCCAAAAAUAUCUACAUCCCCAUGAGCCCCGGGCCGCACCACUUUGACUUCCCAGGGUUCUCAGCCACGCUACCUGCCCGGAAGGGAAGUACCGGCUCUCUGUGUCACCGACCGGGGAGGCUGAGUGACGUCACACCACCACCUAUAAAUCGCAACCUCAAACCCAACAGGAAAUCCAAGCCGACACCUCUGGAUCUGAGGAACAAUGGCAUCAUUGAUGAGCUCCCAUUUAAGAGUCCAAUCACCAUGUCCUGGACACGACCCAUGCCUAUGAACUCAGGUGGCAUGUCCUCCCAGCACUGUAGACCCAUCUCCACCCAGAGUAUCACCAGCACUGACUCCGCAGACAGCGAGGAGAACUACGUAGCCAUGGUGAGUCCCUACAACAGGACAAAUGCACCCUAUACCCUAUGUAGUUCACUACUUUUCAUCAGUGCCCCAUAGGGAAUAGGGUGCCAU